ACGUGGGGGUGGGCGGAGUCAGGCUGGGACACUUGAAUUGCUAGCGACUGGUGUGGGGCCCCCGGGCCACAGUCAGUUGACUAGUCCCUGCCGCUCACCGGGGAAGUGCCGGGGCCACUGCCGGGAGGGACCUUAGGGAUCCCAGGACAUCUCCUGAAGAGUCGCCAUGUCUGGGAAUAAUACAUCUUCUUCAGAAUCAAAUAGCAGCUAUGAAACCAAAGCCUCAAAUCUUCGAAUAUCAGAGAAGAAAUGUUCAUGGGCGUCCUACAUGACCAACUCCCCGACUCUCAUUGUUAUGAUUGGCUUGCCAGCCCGGGGCAAAACCUAUGUGGCCAAGAAACUCACACGCUACCUCAACUGGAUUGGGGUGCCCACCAAAGUGUUUAAUCUUGGGGUAUAUCGGCGUGAAGCAGUCAAGUCCUAUAAGUCCUAUGACUUCUUCCGGCACGACAAUGAGGAAGCCAUGAAGAUUCGCAAACAGUGUGCUGUGGUGGCACUGGAAGACGUUAAGGUCUAUCUCACCGAGGACAGUGGGCAGAUUGCGGUGUUUGAUGCCACCAAUACAACUAGGGAGAGGAGAGACAUGAUUCUGGACUUUGCCAAGGAGAAUUCCUUCAAGGUGUUCUUUGUGGAAUCUGUCUGUGAUGAUCCCGAUGUCAUCGCUGCCAACAUCCUGGAAGUAAAGGUGUCAAGCCCUGAUUACCCUGAAAGGAACAGGGAGAACGUGAUGGAGGACUUCCUAAAGAGAAUUGAGUGCUACAAAGUCACCUAUCAACCCCUUGACCCAGACAACUAUGACAAGGAUCUUUCGUUCAUCAAGGUGAUAAAUGUGGGCCAGCGAUUUCUAGUGAACAGAGUGCAGGACUACAUCCAGAGCAAGAUAGUCUACUACCUCAUGAAUAUCCACGUCCACCCCCGCACCAUUUACCUCUGCCGGCACGGGGAGAGCGACUUCAAUCUCGUGGGGAAGAUUGGGGGCGACUCGGGCCUCUCGGUGCGGGGAAAACAGUUUGCCCAAGCUCUAAGGAAGUUUCUGGAGGAACAGGAGAUAGCAGAUCUCAAAGUGUGGACAAGCCAGUUGAAGAGGACCAUCCAGACUGCUGAAUCCCUGGGGGUGACCUAUGAGCAGUGGAAGAUUCUGAACGAGAUCGAUGCUGGCGUGUGCGAGGAGAUGACCUAUGCAGAGAUUGAGAAGCAGUACCCAGAUGAGUUUGCACUUCGAGAUCAAGAGAAAUAUCUGUAUCGAUAUCCUAGCGGGGAGUCAUACCAAGAUCUGGUGCAGCGGCUGGAGCCUGUCAUCAUGGAGCUGGAGCGCCAGGGCAAUGUCCUCGUCAUCUCCCACCAGGCUGUCAUGCGCUGCCUCCUGGCCUACUUCUUGGAUAAGGGCGCAGACGAGCUGCCAUACUUGAGGUGCCCUCUCCACACCAUCUUCCAGCUCACUCCUGUGGCCUAUGGGUGCAAAGUAGAAACCAUUAAACUCAACGUGGAGGCCGUGAACACGCACCGUGACAAGCCAACUGCAGAGGCCUCGCUGACUGUGCCUAGAUGCUUCUCUCCGGCAUCUCUCCCAUCACUCUCCUGAUACGGAAGCUGAGCCAGACCUCCGUGGGGGACUGGGAUCUGCUGCAAAACUUGGAUGUCAGCGCCUCCCGGGCUUGAACAGGAAGCGAAAUGGGGAUUGAACCUGUGGGACCACCACAAUGGGGCCUGGAAAAGCAUCACCACAUUUCUCCCCUCAUGCCUGAUGGGAAUAACAGUUACACUGAAAAACUUAACUUCCUUGUGCCUCAAAACAUUAACAGCAUGAACUGGUUAGUUUUCUAUGAUCUCUUUGCUGGGUUUGGCCCAAGUGGGCUCAUCUCGUUCUGUUUCAGUGUUUAACAUCCCACCCGUGACUCUCUAGCUGGCUGUUUUUUACCUAAGGUGCAAAUGAAAUGCACCUCUUCACAUUUUGUUUCCAGGCGAGAGGGCUGAACUCCAGUAAGCCUUUUCUGUGCUGUAUGAGCUGGUGUCCGCAUCCAUUCCCGGUGAACAGGAUAGAGUACAGUUUACAUUAUGUUAGCGUUCACCUUUUUUUUUUUUUUUAUCCAUUGGAAACAGAUUUGCCAGGCGAGUGGAGGGUUUCUCAGUAUCGCAUUCCCUUAUACCUCUGUCCUGUGCUGAUGGACCAGUGCUGUCAGCAGCGACCUUUUCACCUUUCCACUUAGGGAAGUUGUUCUUGUUGCAGGCCCCCUGAGGGCAGGAUCUGACUGCUCGCUCCCCCAAACGGGUACUCAUCUUCUAAGUGUUGUGUGGUAGCUGCUGUGUUUACCUGAUGCCGCCUGCCUCUCACAGCUGAAGAGGGCCAAUGGUCUCUGCAGUGAUUGGGGAUGAGGGCUGGAGAGAGCGGGGUGCCAUUCACAUCACAUGAAGAAGUGAAGAAGGUUCCCUGGGAGUCAGCUCUACCAGGGAGGUCUUUUGGUUUCAAAACAGGUGCCCUUCUGUGGGGUUGGUCACCGUGACAUGGUCUCUUAAGAAAGCCAUGGCUGUGACUUUAAGACCCAUUGGUAUUCUGAUGCCUGGCUCUCAGCUAGUUGUCUCUGUUUUUGUUUCUCUGUCUCACGUAACAGAUGGGGGUUCGGGGGGACCAAGCCCUUAGUGCAUUAGUCAUUUGGUUUCCCUGAAAGAUAAGCCAGGUAAUUAUUCCUUAGAUCACUGAUUGUCAAAUAUACAAACAUGUCUGUAGAUGUGAUGUUCAUAAGUCACUUCCCGAAGGAGGAUGGAAGCUCCAAAGAAUAUCUCUUACAAGCAAAAUCAUUUCUUUUAUUUUUCUAAGAAUGGUACGUUUUUAGCUUUCUACACUUGUUUUCCUUUCACUCAGAUGCCCACUUGCUGGGCAAGAGGGUGAGUAGCAAGCAAAGUAAUGAGAUGUAGCUUUUCCCAAAUGGUUCUUUUAUACUGUGGUUGACACGGGGCUGUUGCCGAAGACGCGAUGAGCUGGACUGCAGGCGGUUCAGCAUCCAGCAACUAGGAGCUUGUUUUACAUGCGCAAAGCUGCCUUCAGAAAGGCUCCUGACUCCGCCCUGUAGCGGGUGAUUUUCAUCUCGCUGCUCGCAACAUGCUGUACUGUAAUGAUUCUGUUCUCAGAUGCAGGUGUCUUUCUGCAUCUCCAUACACUGUCUUUUGAUGAUCAGAUACUUUUUUAUUUAGUUAUUUAUUCGUCCAUGUAAGGUAUUUUUAAGUCCCCAUAUUAGUGUUUGCAUGUAUUUAAUCAGAAUGUAAGGUAAUUUGUGUUGUCAGUUUUUUAGUAGAAAUUGAGGUAAUUUGAACAUUCAAGUCUAAUGUCUGUAGUGUUACCUUAAAUUAAAAUUUCAGAAUCUAGGUAUCUGUCUUCUGUAAAAGGAUAAUGACUAUGUUAAAGCACAGCGGAUUUCUUUGAAUACCUUUUUGCUCAUUGAUUUUUAUUUAUAAAAAUGCAUUUCGCUGCAGAAAAGUUUAUCUCCUCGAUAAAUAA